AAAAGAAACAGUAUGAGGAGACUUUUGCGAGUCAACAGUUUCAUGAAUUUUUUAACACACAGUAGUCGUUGCUUGAUGCUUCUCUAUAAAUGGAGCUACUAAGAAUUGUUUCAGGUACACGGCCACCACGAAGAUUGCCAUGAAUAUGGAUGCUCUGAGUCUGGGUGACAACACCAUGCUAUUUUCAGCCCUAAUUGCAGUUCUAGCAGUAUGCGUAAUUGGGGUUGUGGUGCGAUUAUCAGCAAAGAAGAAGACGAAGAAGAAGAAGUACCAUCCUUACGGCGGCACUAUAUUUCAUCUGCUUCUUAAUUUCCGGCAGAUGUACGACUACCUCACCGAUCUCACUCGCAAAAACACCACUUUCAGAAUUAUUUAUCUCGACACCACCGAAAUCUACACUUCCGAUCCUGUCAUCGUCGAGUACUUCCUCAAAACUAAUUUCGCAAAUUUUGGCAAGGGGUCUUUCCACCAUGACAUCUUGGAAGGUCUUUUAGGGGAUGGAAUCUUUACGGUUGACGGAGAAAGGUGGCGGCAUCAAAGAAAGAUGUCGAGCUAUGAGUUCUCGACUCGAAACCUCAGGGAUUUUAGCAGUGGUGUCUUCAAGGCCAAUGCAGCUAAACUUGCUCAUAUAGUUUCUUCAGCUGCGGCCUCGGAUCAGCCAAUCGAAAUUCAAGAUUUGUUCAUGAAAUCUGCAUUGGACUCUGUUUUCAAGGUCGUGCUUGGUGUUGAUCUAGACACCAUGCGUGGAACUAGCGAAGGCACCCAAUUUUCCAAGGCUUUUGAUGAAGCAAGUGAGAUGACGUGUUACCGAUAUGUUGAUAUAUCCUGGCCGAUAAAAAAGUACUUUAACAUUGGAUCGGAAGCUACAUUGAAGAAGUGUAUGAAAGUAGUAGAUGGAUUUGUUUACGAGGUUAUCCAAAACAAGAUCGAACAAAUAAGCAAACCCAGUCAAGAGGGGAGUAAAGGAGAUAUUCUGUCGAGGUUUCUUGAAAUGAAUGAAACGGAUCCCAAGUACCUCAAGGAUAUAAUACUAAGUUUUAUAAUUGCUGGGAAAGACACAACAGCUAGCACUCUUUCGUGGUUUCUGUACAUGAUGUGCAAACACCCUCUCAUACAAGAAAAGGUUGUAAGAGAAGUGACGGAGGCUGCAAAUCUUAGCGAAAAUUCGAGCAUUGACGAGAUAGCAAAUAGUAUUACUGAAAAGGCAUUAGAUAAAAUGCAGUUUCUCCAUGCUGCUCUGAGCGAAACUCUCAGACUAUACCCUGCACUUCCAGCGGAUGGGAAGAUGUGUUUUUCUGAUGAUACUUUCCCAGAUGGAUUCAGUAUCAAGAAAGGGCAUUUGGUUUCGUAUGUACCUUACUCUAUGGGAAGGAUGAAAUCUUUAUGGGGUGAAGAUGCAGAGGAAUAUCGGCCCGAGAGAUGGCUCGACGAAAAUGGAAUAUUCCAGCAAGAAAGCCCGUUUAAAUUCACUGCUUUUCAGGCAGGGCCAAGAAUCUGUCUCGGAAAAGAGUUUGCUUACAGACAGAUGAAAGUUUUUGCAUCUGUUUUGCUGAGUGCCUUUUCAUUUAGGUUGGCUGACGAAAACAGACCUGUAAAUUACCGAACCAUGCUAACGCUGCAAAUCGAUGGAGGCCUUCAUCUUCGUGCUAGUUCCAGGAUCAAGCCAUGAAAACACAACAUAAGGUAACUUGUGGGGAUUUGACGUAUACUAUAAAAUACUUUUAAUCGAACAAGCUAUGGAGUAAAUAGUGUGUGUGUGUGUGUGUGUGUGUGAUAAUAUUAAGAUUUGAGAUGCAUAAAACGUGUUCAACAUUCAGGUAAUUGAAGUUCAUAUAUGUUGUGAUA